AUGAUUGCACCUCUUUCCCAAAUUCUUUCAAACUCUGAGAAAUUGUUUGAUUUUGUUGUGAAUGAAGGACAUGGAGUUAAGGGCCUAUGUGAUAUAGGAAUUCAAGUACUUCCCAAACAAUAUAUUCAACCACUCGAAGAACGAAUCACUACGAGCAUUGUAAUAACCGAUGAUUCAAUCCCAUUAAUCGACACAUCCAAUUGGGAUGAUCCAAAAGCGGCUGAUCAAAUUUGCAAAGCAGCACAAAACUGGGGUUUCUUUCAAGUUAUCAAUCAUGGAAUUCCUAUUGAAGUUCUUGAGAAUAUAAAAGAGACAAUCCAUCGUUUCUUCAAUUUACCAACUAAAGAAAAAAAGAAGUAUACAAAUUCACUUUCGAGUAAUGUGAGGUAUGCAACAAGCUUUAAUCCUGAAGCAGAGAAGACACUGAGCUGGAGAGAUUAUGUUUCUCUUGUCCAUAUUUCUGAUGAUGAAGCUAUUUCAUUUUGGCCUACUUCUUGCAGGGAAGAAGCACUUGAAUACUUGAAGAGUUGUGAUACUGUUAUAAGGAAGAUUUUGAAGUUGCUAAUGGGAGGAUUGAAUGUAAAAGAGAUUGAUGAAGAAACAGAGGAACUUUUAAUGGGUUUAAAGAGAAUUAACUUUAAUUACUAUCCAAAAUGUCCCAAUCCAGAGAUUUCAAUUGGAGUAGGACGUCAUUCAGAUAUUUCAACAAUCACUGUUCUUCUUCAAGAUGAUAUCGGUGGGCUCUAUGUGAAAAAACAUGAGACUAAUGUUUGGAUUCAUAUACCUCCGGUUAACGGGGCUCUAGUAAUCAAUAUUGGUGAUGCACUUCAAAUAAUGAGUAAUGACAAGUACAAGAGUGUUGAACAUUGUGUGAUUGCUAAUGGGAGCAACAAUAGGGUUUCUGUACCCAUUUUCUUGCAUCCAAAGGCUACAAGCAUUAUUGGUCCUUUAAAAGAAGUGCUACAGAAUGGAGAGAAACCAAUUUACAAGCAAAUUCUUUACGCAGAUUACACCAACAUCUUCUUCAGCAAAGGUCAUGAUGGGAAGGACACAGUCAAAUUUGCUAAGAUAUAG